AUGAAACGAGCCCAAUUCAUAGCAAACGCAACGAUGAAGAAGGAGAAGUCGAAUGUCCACGCAAACAAUAUUAUCCCCCCAGGAUCGGAAAAAUCAGAAAUGAAAGAUUUAAAUUUUUUUCCCCAUUUAUUUUUAAAGGGGGAAUUAAUGAGACAGUUUUUGAUGGACGAAGAUGUGUGGCUAUUUAUACAAAAUUUUAAAAUGAAAUUAAAAGAAAGUCCCAACGAUGUGGACAGCUGGUUGGACUAUCAGUUACACUUGGCGAGAAACAACAUGGGGCAUUUAUUCCACUCGGACAUCCCCCCAUUUGAGCACGUAAAAAAGAACAGCGAAAAUUUUAGUUCAAAAACAGAUUACGAGGUGGAUAGAAAUUAUGGUCAUAUUAAUGAGUUUGCAAAGCGGAAUGACUUUUCUGAACAGUGUGGGAGAAGUACAUGUGAUGAUUUGGACCAAGUGGACCGACCAACUGCCCGCAGCAGAGAGAGAGACGAAUCCGAUGAGGAUGAUAAAAAGGAUGAAGAGAACAAAAAUGAUGAGAAGGAGGGGGACAUGACCACCGCUGUAGGAUUAGGAACACGAGGAACAAGCAGAGUUGGAAUAAAUGACAUUCUAAUGAGGAGGAUGUCUCAAAGCGAACAGGGGAAAGGAAGUAGCAGCAUUCAGGUGGGGUAUAGUAUUCCCACACUGAAAGAUGAGCUUCAUUUGGGGGAGAGCAGAAGUCGAGUUGGAUUGAGACACACCCCAAGUGGGACUGCAAAAAAAAGGAUCAGUGAGGUCGGAAGUGAUCUCGAGUUUAGCAGCGAACGGAAGGAUCACACCGAUGUGUCCACGGAUGAAAAUUCGAAACACUAUCACAAUGGUGAAGACAUGAUAAUAAAAAAGAGGCAUCAUGAUGGUAGGGAAGAAACCAAAAUAGCUACAAAGAAUUACAGUGGCCUGGAUAAGGAGGAGUACCAAGAAAUUAUGGGAAGGAUGCAGCAACCUAGGGAGAGAAACAAUUUUGAGGAUGAAAUUUUUAGCCCCCAAAGGAAGGCAAUAAUGAAGUCGAGAUAUGAGGUGUCUACUAUCACCACACAGUGUAGUGAUAAGGACGAUAUGACGAUUACGUUUGGGGAAACUGCACAUAGGGAAGAUGGGGCACAUUGGAAGGGGGGAGAACAAUUCAGUCGCGUGGCGCACAUAAAGGCGACACCUAACGAGGCGGCUCCUAACGAGGCGGCCCCUAACAAGGUGGCUCCUAACCAGGCGGCUCCUAACAAGGCGACACUUAACAAAGUGGUACCCAACCAGGUGGCGACCAACCAGGGACCUGAAACGCAGCACAGUAGAGCGGCUCUCGUUGCGAGCAAAAUUCCAACGGAGGAGAGCCUCCCCCCAAAGAAAAACAAACUGUUAGAACGGUCUCUGCAUGAGGAGAAACAAGGCGGAAGUGACCCCACAUAUAAGCGGCCAAGUGACAACAAAUUGUCGGAAAACAAUCUGCCGGAUAACAAAUCGUCGGAAAACAAUCUGCCGGAUAACAAAUCGUCGGAUAAAAACCAAACGGAGGUGGCCAUUGUGAUACCCGAAAUGACAGUAACCAUUGACAAGGUGAUGAACGAAGAGACGGAGAAAAAAUUAAAAAAAAUCUUCAGCCAAUAUGAUAAUAAAAUGAAUUUAGAUUUAUUCGAGAGGCUAGUAGUAGUCGAUUUUCUAAAAAUUGGAAGAUAUAUGAGUCAUACUUUGUACUCUCGCAUUGAGAAAGGAAAUGAAAAUUUUGUAACAUGUGAAGAGGUGAGGAAGUACUUCCGUAAUCGUUUUAUUGAUGGAACGAAGGAUCCAAGUUACUAUGACGAUAGUAGGUAUAGGACGUUUUUUGAAAGGGCCAAUCAGGGAAGCGUAAAAAGCGCCCUGUAUGUGGUUACUCCAUCGAAUGGAGAUGUUGGUGAGGAGUCCAUAAAUACAAUUUCUCACUUGCAAAAUGAUGAAACACGUUUAGAGUGCGAUGAACAUGGAAUACAAAUGGAUGACGGAGGAUGUAGCCAAAAGGGAGAACUUGUAGAAGUCCCAUACAAAAAAUGCUCCAUUGUAAAUUUCUUCAAUGCAAUUAAAGACCAAAAUAGGGACUAUAUUGAAUUUAAAGAUUUUGAUGUGUUUAUAAGAGAAAUUCUAAAGAGAAAUACAUCCUUACAGUUUCUACAUGAUCAUGUAGAAUUUCUAGAAAGAUACAUAGAAUCGGUCAUCGUGCGUAUUUAUUAUCAUAUAGAUAUAAACGACACGAAUAGAAUAUACUUGAAGGACUUGAGGAGACAUAACUUAGCUCAUAUUUGGUGUUGCUUAGAUGAUAAUAUAAAAGUACAGCAUGUGAAAAACUACUUCAGUUAUUCCCACUUCUAUGUGUACUAUUGCACCUUUUGCCAAACGAGUAGCUGCAAAGAUAUGCUUAUUGAUGACAAUGAUCUGUACAGAUUCGAUAAUCAUUCACUUAACGAUUUUAUAGUAAAUAGAAUUUGGUCUAGAAUUUCCAUAAAGUUAGGAGGACCAAAUGAGAAAUAUAUGUGUCUAAAUGACUGGAUUUAUUUUAUCAUGAAUUACGAAGACAUGACAAGCAAUCGGGCCAUUGAAUUUUGGUUUAAGUUAAUUGACUUAGACGCUGAUUGUGUUAUUAGGGAUCAUGAAAUUCAAGUUUUUUUUAACAUUCAAAUGGAGAGAUUAAAGUCACAUUAUUUAGAGGAACCUAAAUUUGAAGACUGGUUAUGUCAGAUGAAUGAUGCCAUUCAGCCAAAGAAUGAAGGCAAUUUUACCCUGUCUGAUUUUAAAAGGAAUAAGAAAUAUGCCGCCCGAUUUUUCGGUUGCUUGGUUAGCUUGUCCAAGUUACUAGCUUGGGAGAGCAGGGAUGUGUACAAAGAGUUGCAGAUCGAGACCGAGUUUCCCCACGCCACUCCCUGGGAGAUCUUCUGCAAAACCAAGUACGACGAGUUGUGCUACAUGGAGAAUGAGGGCUGCUAUGAGGACAAUUUUGACGCCUACGACGCGAAGGGCUUCUACGGGUUGGACUCUGACUGA